UUUGAGCUGGCAGGGCUGAGACUCGCGCUAGUUUCUAAUCCAUUGCAUCUGCCUAAAUGUGCUCUCAAUAUACUUUGAAACAUACAAAUAUCGGCAAAUAAGAUCAUAAUCUACUCUUUCAUAUCAAUAUUUUUGAAUUUAUCGUGGUGGAUUAGCUGAAAAGGGGCUUUAAACUAAAGGGACAAAGGGUACCCGAGCCCACAAAGAUGAGAAGAGGGAUCUCAUCAGCCCCGGAUAAAGUAAUAAUAGCAGGGGUUGGAGGCUCCUUGGAUAAAAAUGCGGUAUUGACAGCAUUGUCCGAUCGGUUAACCCCUCAUUUUACAACUGCCACUUAUAUUCAAAUUAUAACUCCACCGCCUUGCAUUACACAGACUUCAAAUGUCUGUUUGUCCGAACCUCCAGCUGGCAGUAUAUAUUCCACUCCAAACGGAGCAACAAACGGAACCGGACAACGACCUACAUUAGGACGUCCACCGGCCAAGCGCAGGUUGGCGUUGGAUGAGUCGGACCACCAGUACCCCAUCGAAGGAGCCAGGACCCCCAGGGGAAAGGCUGGAGGAGCCUCCGGGCCAGGGCUCAAGAGCCCCAAAACUCCAAAGUCACCGGCAGAGAAGACGCGUUACGACACGUCGCUGGGCCUGCUAACGAAGAAGUUUGUUGAGCUGCUGGGCCAGUCGUCUGACGGCGUCAUCGACCUCAAUCAGGCUGCAGAGGUUCUCAAGGUGCAGAAGAGACGCCUCUAUGACAUCACCAACGUGCUGGAGGGGGUGCACCUGAUCAAGAAGAAGUCCAAGAAUAACAUACAGUGGAUGGGCUGUAACCUGUCGGAGGAUGGGGGUACGUUGACCAGCAGCCAGAGUCUGAGCAGUGAGCUGUCUGACCUGGGUCAGGAGGAGAGGAGACUGGACGAGCUGAUCCAGAGCUGUACCCUGGACGUCCAACAGAUGACAGAGGCCUCGCACAGCCACAAGUUUGCCUAUGUGACAUACCAAGACAUCCGUCAUCUGCGUCACCUGAAGGACCAGACGGUCAUCGUGGUGAAAGCUCCCUCUGAGACCAAGUUGGAGGUGCCAGACCCACAGGAGGGCCUGUCUGUCCUCCUCACCAGCACCAAGGGGCCUAUCGAGGUGUUCCUCUGUCCGGAGGAGAACACCAGUAGUCCUGUGAAGAACGGCGGCCCGGAUGUCCAAGGAAACUCCUCCCCUUUCCUCAAAGUGUCAGCAGAGAGUGCAACAGGCGGCAACGACUACGUCGCUCCAGCUCCGUCUGCGGUGAUGGUGACCAACCUGUCCCCCAUCACCUCCCCUUUCACCAGCCUGCUGCUGCAAACGGAGGACCAGAUCCCCUCCUCCCUGUCUGGGCUCCUGGAGGGCCACGGGGCCGGGCCCUUCGUCAACCUGUCCCCUCCUCUCCUCAACGAGGACUACAUGCUGAGCUUAGAGGAUGACGAGGGAAUCAGCGAUCUGUUCGACACAUACGACUUUGACAAGCUUCCCCUGGAAGAACUCAUGUGUCCCUCUAUGUAAGAGGGAGGGGUGGAAGACAAGGAUGUGUCUCGUCCCCCCCCCCCCCUCCUUAUUACUGAAUAGAGGAAGACGUAGGGGACACUUGUCUCUUCUGUGUGUUCACAUGUACCAGGAGAGACGGGGGAAAUGUCUGCUGUGUUCAUAUGUAACUGUCAUGGAGGAGCAGAGAGGGAUCAGCCUGUAGAGAGAGACUGCACCAUAGGGAGAGUUCCUUGGCACCCCUAUCCCUCUGUUUUAAAGAGGAUUGGGUACACAGGGCAUGCUGGAUAAAAGAUCUCUCUCCUUCUCUCCCUGUGCCUGCCUGUUUGUCAAGGCAGUACACUGGGCCAGGUGGGUGAAAGAUUCCCCCCCCCCUCCCCCACCCGGCGUCUUUUUCUCCCUGUACCUGCCUGUUUGUCGAGGCACUGUAGACUGCCUUAAAACUGGGUCGUGUUCAGUAGGAACAAAAAUGUAUAAACUCAUUGAAACUGAAACGGUAGAGGUUUCAUUUUCAGUCACGAUAAAGGUUUUGCUACGCUGUGGCCUAAUGAAGACGACCCUGACCAGCUCUUCUCUCACUUCUCAGACCGUCUUGAUUACUGAGAGCUGCCUUUAUCCAAACUGGCGCUAGUCGAAACCCUCCGUAACGGUCUGUGUUUCAGACGGUUGCUCAUGUGUUCCUGUGGAUGUGUCAGGUGGCCAGCGUGACCCUAUAUGCUGAUCAAGCAAAUCUACAUUUGUGCUGGUGUUCUAUGCUUUUGUCAUCGUUACAUAGAAUAUGGCAGUGACGGUGUGAUAAUGGUUUUGCGGCAACAACAACAAACAAAAAAAAUCGCUGAGUUUUGUCUUUGAAACUUUUAGGAAAUAUUUUAGUACAACACUAGUUGUUGAGAUACUGUAUCAUAAAGUACAAGUUGACCCGUUAGUUUAGAUUGGGACUCGUGUCAAGAUAUUAUCUCCUACUUAACUGACAUUCAUAUUAACUGUGUUUGCUUAGGGCAAAUAAUGGGUUUACAAGCGUCACCAAAUUCAACAAGUCCUGGUUUAAUUGGAAACCCAAGUUGGCCCGUCCCAGUCUGUAUCCAUGUGAAUGGAUAUUUCCAAGAACAACAACCAGUUAAAAAGCAACCGUUAUGUUAUUGCUCUGAAGGAAUACCUCAAGUUAUCUUGGAGAGAGAGUCUGUCUCUGUGCUGAUUAGGCUUGAGCGCUAUACCCUAUACUGGAGGGUUUAGACAUAUCCAUAUCAUGAUUU